AAGGCCUUAAAUACCCAGGCCCGCAGCCCCCGGGCCUUGCAAAGCCCCUCAUUUUGGCAGAAAUUACAAUGUCUACCAGCCGCAAGUUAAAGAGCCAUGGCAUGAGGAGGGGCAAGAACAGAGCUCCCCACAAGGGAGUCAAGAGAGGUGGCAGCAAAAGAAAAUACCGGAAGGGCAGCCUGAAGAGCAGAAAACGGUGUGAUGAUGCCAAUCGCCAUUACCGCUCCCACAUGUGAUCCCAUCAGUGGGUUCUGCCCUGGUGGACUUCAAACAGCACCAGGCAGCAGUAAGAGAACAGAAGGGGGACUGCCAAGAAACGUGGAGUUAGAUCAAAGGCAGAGAAGAGCCUAAAAUGCCAAUCAUGACGAAAUGAGGAAUGUAUAUGUUGGCUGUUUUUCCCCAACAUCUCAAUAAAAUGUUGAAAACCGAAGUGUGUUUCCUUUGGUCUUUG